AAUGAAAUCAAUAAACAGCUGUUUACGAUAGCAUAUAUAGGAAUAUCAAAGGACAAAGCCGUCAUAGAUACAUGUUUCUACAAGUUUCUAAGGUACAAUGGCAAAUUAUAAAACGAAGUCGGUAAUAAACGAAAUGAAAGCAGAUGAAAUAUUUCAGUUACAUUUACAAUGUGAAAGUGAUCAAGAUACAAAGAGUGAAGACAACGAGGUAGCACUUUCAAACAAUCAAACGACAACUGCUUUAGCCGUAGGAUUACAGAGCUUGAUGCUACAUGGAGGUAAAAACGCCAAGUAUAUAUAUGGAGGACAGCUAGCUGAAACAGACGAUGAUCGGAAGGCAAUGGCUAGUCAGACUGAACAAAACACUUUCACAAAAACUGACGGGAUCAAGUUUGAAUCUGUUAAGGACUCAAGUGAAGACCAAUCUCCACAAUCGUACGAUUCAUCUGCUUAUCCGACUGGGAGUCAUAGUAUGUUGAUACCAGGAGAAGAGAAAAAUGAAUAUGUUUGUGAUCAGUUAAUAGAACAGAGCCUACCCGAAAAAAAGAAGUCAGUGUAUGGAAAUAACAAACGUGGUGGACAGCACGCUCCAACAGACGAAAGCAAUACUUUUAUAUCGACUGAUGGAACCAGUCUUGAAUCUGUUAAGGACUCCGACGGAGAACAACUAGAACAUACACAUAAUCAAAAGAAAACAGCUUUAGCAAUAGGAUCACACAGCUUGAUGCUGCGUGGAGAAAGAAAAGCCAAGUAUAUGUAUGGGGAACAGUCAGCGCAAUCGUACCAUCCAUCCGCUUAUCCGACUGGAAGUCGUAGUAUGUUGAUACCAGGAGAAAAGAAAAACGAAUAUGUUUGUGAUCAAUUUAUAGAACAGCAAACUCGGUCAAAGACUCAAAUAGUGAAUAGCAAUCAAACUGGUACAUGCAACUUGAUGGCAAAGGAAGCACUACAAGCAGAGUGCAGUUAUAAACAGCAGGACAGAGCUUUAGAUGAGGACGGAAUUUCCAAACAAGUUGAUUCACAGGAGGCAGACGAGUUGUUUCCAGCAGUUAGGAAUCUUCAACUAAGCCCUGCUGACCUAGAUCUGAUCGAAAAGGUCUGUGCCAACGAUGGUUUGCAUGGAAGUACGUCGUCACAUACAACGAGAUGGUAAAAGUACGAUAUACGAGUACAAAGGCUAAUCGUGGAUGAAGUCAUUCCUUUGGGAAUAAUUUGAAAUUGAAAACUCGCUGAUUUUACAAUUUACGAUUCAUAUUCAAAUGCUACUGGCAAAAGACUUACCAUUAAUACCCCCUUCUUGUACCACAUUGCUUGGUAUGCUCAACUAAAUUAAACUUAAUGUGUUGUCAUGCAGCUGAGAAAAUAGUACAUAAUUCCUUAAACGUGACUGGUUUUCUUCAUAAAAGCUGGUGGUUGAUCUUUGAGUAUAUCAAACUGACACAGUGCACACAGUUUUGUACUUAUAUCACAUAUCUAAAACGCUCUCAAAGUUCUCAAAUCAUGCGAAUUGCUACCAUUAAUCACGUAGAAUGUUAUGUAUUUAAUAUUAAGUGCUUCGGUACUCAAGAGAGCUAUGCUAACGUAGGUUGUGCUACGGAUAGAUUAUCUUGUCUGUCACAUGUUCGUUGCAUUUUACGUAAAGUAUUGUUGCUAAUUCUACUGCGACGGAUAGGUUGGUCAAUCCUCAUGACAUGAUAUUAUGAAAUGUUAUAGCGAUUACUUCGGUUUGCUCUAUGUGCAUGUAUAUCUAUCAUAUUAAUUGUAACAUUGCACUGAACAGCAAUUUUAUGUCACAUACUAAGUAUAUACUUAAAUGGUGUACUAGUAAAGGAACUUAAACCAGUAUCACCUAUGCCUAUGCUAUAUGGUGUGUCCUAGGAUCAGUGAUAUGACGAAAAAGUUACAUUAUGUAAACUAAAGCAGUAUGAGUUAUAGGCAGGAAUCCUAGACUACUAAUUUUAAAAGUGGUCAUUUUUGUACAGGUGAUGAAACUAUCACUCAAACCAAUAGAAGUUGUAACAAUGUCAGCUUUUAGCAGACGUUAGUCAGCAAUCCGUUUAUUACUCUCUAAUGUUCAGCGUAACUGAGAUCGAAAGAUUUGUGUAGAACAAAUUUUAUUAGUAUACCAUCUACCAGUUACGCAGGAAAGAACUAACUUUCAUUUAGAAAGUGUCUCUUUGAGUAUAUAUAAAGUGAAAUAGCUGAUUCUCAGCUUGCAAGUGCAUAACUAUACAGUUGCUUGUACAGAGAGCAAAGUACAAAAGCCUCGAUGAAAUGAAACAAAUCCUAUCGUAAUACCCUAACGUCUUUAAUCUUACGUUCUAGAUAGCUCAUAGAAGCUAUACCUGUGUACUAUCGAAGCAUGCUUUGAAUGAAGGCAUAUAAAAUCUGAGCAUCGAAAAGCUGAGAAAAAGAUAAAAGUCUCAACGCAUAGUUGUUCCAUACUUUGUUAGCAUAUCAACUUCUCUCAAGAGUGGUGGUGUUUAAUAUCAUUUAAGUAAAAAGUAGGGACCUCCAUGGUCGAGUGAUUAAGGUCGCUGACUUCAAAUCACUUGCCCUUCAUCGAUGUGGGUUCGAGCCGCACUCGUAGCGUUGAAUUCUUCAUGUGAGGAAGCCAUCCAGUCGGCUUACGGAAGUCGGUUAUUCUACCCAGGUGCCCGCUUGUGACGAAAUAAUGCACGGAGGGGCACCUGGGGUCUUCCUCCGCCAUUAAGGCUGGAAUGUCAAAAGCACUACCCUAUGGGAAGUCAAGCUGAAUAUCAUUAGUUUUAUGCUAAUAGUUUUAAACAUUGAGUGAUAUACCUGAUCCCUGAAAUUAUUAGGUUCAUUAUUUAAAUCGCUUGGAAAACGAAUCAUUAAGGCGAGAUAGCCAGAAGAAAUAAUUUUGAUUUAAUAGUUUCAUGUUCUAGACAAGGAUCUUCAUUCCUCUCAUAGCACGACAUUGUCUAACAAAAUCUUUACAGAACUUAAAGUGAACCUUGCGUAUAUACACAAUAUUUUUGAAGUUUCCUGUUCUUCAGCGUUCCGUUAAUGAGAAUCCAAUGGAUGACACCUAGUCAUCUUGUGGGAGCUUUUUUAUUAAAGAAAAUACAAAAUGCCUCUUUACGUCAAAUUUAAAUGCUGUUGUUACGACAGGAAUAGUGAUUAAGCUUGUAUUGGAGUUUAUUUAAUUAAUUGAUUACUUAUUAUAGCUAUCAUUUUUCGAAAUUGCACAAUUAACACAUCCAAUCUUUUUUGUAACCAUUUACAUUGAUUUUAUAAAAAAUCAAUUCAUAUUUUAACUAGGCCUAUCAGUAAUUGGAAAACAAAUAGACAUGUCUCUCAACUCUAAGUAAUGUUGACCUGUAUGCAAACAUACAAGGAGAUUCAGCAUCUAUCUGUACAGCUGGAAUAGAAUCAGCUUGGUAAACAUGUGCUUGACUACCUUAUCAUUGAACUUACAUAGUCUUUAAUGAUCAGCUUGAAUGAAGCCGGACUUGACUGCUUUAUGUUUGAUUAUUUAUCCGCGACGUUUAUGAAUGGAACUGUUUUCUGUAGUACAGGAACAUCUUUUUUAAUGCUAAAAAAAUAAAGCGAAUUCUAUGAAUUUCAAAAGUACACUCAACAUCUGCACAUGUUGCACAAAAUACAAUAAUUUUAAAACAUCCGCAGAUGUGUUCAUACGACCGUGUUCAUGUAACCUUCAUUGAACUCACUAGAGCGCAAUUCCGUGAAAAGUGAUGUAUGGUCCAGAUUUAAAAUAAUUGACAAGAAGACAAUGGGCAGAUGAACAAAAAGAAGUAAAAUUUAGAGCGGAAACUAGGGGUUAUGGAGUCUGCAUAUCGCAGACACCGUAUCCAAAUGGUGAUUGAACGCUUCUCGGGAGAAAUGGGUCCACCCAAACCGAAAUGUUUAAAUUGCAGAGCUUAACAGUAACGCUAACACAGCAUAAAUGUCGUGCUGAAAGAUCUGAAGAUGUCAAAAUACGUUAGCUCUGACUGAAUGUUCGGGUAGACGUUUUACGGCCGCCAUCCGGCACAAACAACGCUGCUGUGACAAGACCAUAAUAUAGGCAUUUAACUAGUGCAUUUUAUUUUCAAGGGAAAUAAUUGUGGUCUGACUGUAUUAUUUUGAAAAUCACAGUUGAGAUUUUUUUAUGUGUGCACCGGUACAGUUUUGCGGGGAAGCGAAAGUUGACAUGGAAUUUUGUCUUCUUCUAAAAACAAGUGACUGAUACAUGUAGUUGCAGUCUGUCUUUGGAAGCUGUAGAAAUAACAAGAAAGAGGCUGACAUAGUGUUUUGGUAGGGAAAAGUUUGAGUAUGUACAUGUACAGUUGUUUGACCUGUCUUACCCUGUGGCAGUCCAAGAAGAUGUUACCAUUAUGAAAAAUGCAGGAGAACUUGAAGACAAUUGUUAGUGCAGAAGGGACAUAAAAGUUAUGACAAAAGUAACAGAUAUAAAUAAGAAGUGCUACAAGUGUGUUGUCAUGUGAAAUGGAAUUUACCCCAACUGUGCUGCAAGAUGUAUAUUCAAGUGCAAGACAGCCAUGCACCAGCUGUAAACUGAGAUGGACCCAUAUAAUAAAUAUGUUGACUUUUCUAUGUAUUAUCAUCUGUACAGAAUGUGUUCAUGACAAGACUGUAUACAUAUAUUGUUAAAUCAUUUUUAUUUCCAUUAUUGCAUGCAUGUAAGAAGCAAGCAUUUAACAAUUGCAUUCAUAGAAGUGUUAAAAUGUGAUCAAUCUAAUUUAAAGAAACACAUUUAAUUGGACUUUUUAAGUUUCAUAGUAUUUGUGGUGGAGACUGACCCAGUCAUUCAGCAACUUAUACUGUCUGUGUGUCAUUUCUUGUAUGUUAUAGUUUUCUUAAUAAUACAUUAAAUGUCAAAGUUAUGGUAAGAUGAAGUCAUUCAUCACUUGUAGAUUAAUGUUAAAGCAGUUCAACAUUUUACCAUAAGUUAACUAAUAUUCUAUUUAACCAGAGUUGUCACAUAUUUUCAUAUAAAUAUUUGUAUAAUACAGUCUAAUCUAAUCUACAUAUGAUGUUCCACAAUUUUUUAGUUAUAUUUUAUGUUGAUAUUUUAUGUUGUUUUCAUGUCUCAACAUAUAAUUACUAACAUCAAAGAAACUUAAGUAGUUUACAAUUUGGUUGGUAUAAUUGGUUGUUUUGUUUAUAUAUUUUAUUUUUUUCCAUCCAGGAGAAUAAAGAAAUAUACAUUUCAAAAUAUCUCAUCAUUCUAGAUAAGUACACUACAUAAUCAAGAUAAAAGAAAUAAGAACAAAAUAUGUUGGUGGAAUUUUAUUUUCAAAAAUUUGAUAUACAGUCUUUGUAGUAUUUACUUCUUUAGAUAUGUUGGACUGAAAUGGGAAUAACAACAUACUUUAAAUUUUUGUAGUCAUAAGUUAGUAUGGGAAUUAUUAACUUAACUUAAAAAGAUUUUAUCUCACUGUUAUGCAAUCUGAGCUUUAAUAUUUUUCAACAUUGUCAUUGGCAACAAGGCUCAAAAUUAUUUGUUUUGUAUACCUUGCAUUCAUGUGUGAUAAAUGCUUUUAUGGUAUUCUUUAACAUAAUUUAUGCUUUUCAUCUUACCAUGGAUUAAAAAAUAUAAAUUUAUUUGUCUGAAAAUUAAGGUAAAAAUACUGACUGAUUAAAUUGCAAUAUAAGAAAGCUUAUUUGAGAUAAAGGGAGGUAAUUCCAUAAAAAAAUAUGUAGAAUGUAGAUGAUAAAUGUAAUGAAGGGAGGUAAUAAAAUAUUGUGAAGUUA